AGCGUGGCACGUUAACGAAUCACGUGCGUAUAAUUGAAUGCCUCGGCCAGAGUGAUUGCUGGCUCGCGUUGAACCUCGUGCAGCCGUUCGAUCGGUUCAUGUGGGAGAAAGUACGACUCGUGCUGCUCCAUUUCCAAGGAAGAUUACUGGAAAAGAUGUAGUCUCUUAAAAACGCCUAGCGAAAUAAGCAGAAUAAAAGAAUACCGCGUAUUCGAUUAACCAAUGGCAUUAUUAGUCGCCAUGGUAUCGGCAGAAAUUUGAUGGAAUUUCUUAGUUUUGCUCGCGAAUGUACCAAUUUCAACGUAUGCUACGUAUGGUAUGGUUAUGAAUAUGUAUAUAUCUGUUUAACAGGACAGCGACAGGAGUAGCGCUGGAAGUCCCGAGCCGGCGACAGGUGGUGGCGUACUCCACGAGCACCAAAUGAUGAUAGAUGACAUGAAGAAUUCGCGGAAGAGGCGACGGAGCCCGUCACCCGAAAAUCUCCAUCAGGCGAAACGCGCGGCGGUUGCGCAGGCUCAUCUAAACGGAACGAUGGCCGGCAUGGUGACGCUCCAGAACCUCCAGAACCUGGCGAACCUGCAGAACCUCCCGCAAGUCGCGUCCCUGGCCGCCGGUCUUCAAGGAAUGACAGCGGGACUGACCAACAACCAGCUGAUCAACACUCCGUUGAAUCUAACCGUCAGCUCGUCAGGCGGUACGGUACCAACAGCCUCGAGUACGACGGCGGCUCCCCACCUUCUGCAACCUAGCUCGGCCCCAAUGGCGACGUUACCUCAGCUAUUAUCUCAACCGCAACCGGUCGCGAUGCCUCAAUUCAUCCUAACGUCCGGUCAAUUGGUCCAGGGCAUUCAAGGGGCUCAGCUUCUUAUCCCCACUUCGCAAGGGAUCGCCACUCAGACCAUCCUGACCAUACCGGUCAGCCACGUCACGAACAAUCAGAUGGUGAACCUGGCGCUGAGCAACGGACAGGUAGUUUCCACGACACUGGCGAACCUGCAGUCUCUAGCCCAGCCGCAGAACAUGCUCAACACCCCUACGAGCAACGUUCCCACGAGCCCCAGCCUGGCAUCGGGAUUAGGACUGAAUCCCGCCGCUCUGCCGCAUCUUCUGAGCAACAGCUCGGCGAGCCAGCAACUUCUGAGCGCGAUGCAGCCUCAGCAACUGCUGCAGGCCGCUCAGGCGGCACAGGCGCAAGCCGCGCAGGCCGUACAGGCCGUUCAGGCCUCACAGCAACCGCUGCUAACGACGUCGCCUCAACAGCACAGCCACCGGCACACCUCGCAUAUAAAUCAUUACACGGUAUGUCCGACCCCCUUCGCAAGUAUUUCCCCCUUUCUAUUGGGUUGUUCGGAAAGUUAUUUCGUUUUUUCAAGGAAAAAUGAAAGGCGUAUCGGGCACCGUGAGAAAACGCUCGAUUCUCAAAAUCGAUUGACGCUGCCAACGUAG